AUGUUCCGCCACGUGGCAGCACGACAGCGGCAGCUGGCGAGAGCCGCGACGCUCGCCGCGUCUUCCGCCGCACCGUCCGCCGUUGCAUUCAGAAACCUCAAUUUCGGAUUCGGGUCGCAGUUUUCUAAGUGGCAAGCGCACCUGUUGUCACGUGUCUCCAACCUGGUGCUAUCGUCUCAUCAACCUGCUCUUGUCAUGGGGAAUAGAUAUUCCACCCUCUCUCCAUCACCAUCACCAUCAUCGUCACCAUCAUCAUCAUCAUCAUCACGAUCGCUGCUCCAGGCGGGAAUGGUUGCCACGAGAAGCUGUUCCCCUCUCAUCCCAACCUCCUCACUUGUCUCUAGCCAUGGCUUUGCCACGUCAGCCAUAUCGACAUCAGCUUCUGCAGCCACGUCAGCCUCAUCGCCAUCAGCCGCGCCCGCAGGAACAUCCACGUCAGCAUCAGCAAGAUCAGCAUCAUUUUUCUCAUCGCCAUCAGCAGUUGCAGCAGGAGCAGCAGGAGAAGCAGCAUUGGGAACAGGGAGGGUUGGAGAUGCAGCAACAGGAGAGCAGGGAGUAGGAGAUGGGAGGAUCCGCGUGAAGACAAAAGCGCUGACGAAGCAAGCAAAGCACAUCAUGAAUAUCCUGGAUGCAGAGGCCACGGGCUUGCUGCGAGAGCAGCGCAACAUGCCAGACUUCAAGCCGGGGGACGUGCUCUCCAUGAAGAUUGAGGUCCCUGAGAACAAGAGGCGCACAUCGAUUGUCAAAGGCAUUGUCAUUGCUCGCAGGAACGCCGGCAUCGGCUCCACGUUCCGCAUUCGCCGCAUGCUGGCGGGCGUGGGCGUCGAAAUGUCCUUCCCUCUGUACUCUCCCAACAUCAAGGAGAUCACUGUGAUAGGAACCCGUAAGGUCAGGAGGGCGAAGUUGUAUUAUUUGAGGGACAAGGUCGCUCGUAUGUCUGCUGUCUAG